AUGGAACAAGAAAAUCAAACACGUAUUUCAGAAUUUAUCCUUCUUGGCCUCUCAGAAGAUACUGAAGUGCUACCCCUCCUCUAUGGGCUGUUCCUGAUGAUGUAUCUGGUAACUUUCAUUGGGAAUCUGCUUAUCAUCCUGGCCAUCAUCUCUGACUCCCACCUCCAAAUGCCCAUGUACUUCUUCCUCUCUAAUUUGUCUUUUACAGAUAUUGUUUUCACCUCCACCACUGUCCCAAAGAUGCUUAUGAACAUCCAGACAGAGAGCAAAAACAUUACUUAUGAAAAUUGCCUCACCCAGAUGUAUUUUUUCAUGCUUUUUGUAGGAUUAGACAACUUCCUUCUGACUGUGAUGGCCUAUGACCGCUUUGUGGCCAUCUGUCACCCCCUGCAUUAUAUGAUCAUCAUGAACCCCCAGCUCUGUGGUCUCCUGCUUCUGGCAUCAUGGUUAUUGAGUAUUCUUGUCUCUCUUUUACAUGUCUUAAUGGUUUUGCAAUUGACUUUUUGUGGUGACUUGGAAAUUCCACACUUCUAUUGUGAUCUGAAUCAGGUAGUCCAACUUGCUUGCUCUGAUGUGUACAUUAAUGACUUAUUGAUGUAUUUUGUAACUGUAAUUGUGGGUGUUAUUCCACUCACUGGGAUCCUUUUCUCUUACUCAAAGAUUGUAUUCUCCAUUUUAAGAAUUUCAUCAGCUGCAGGCAAGUAUAAAGCAUUUUCCACUUGUGGAUCUCACCUCUCAGUAGUUUCUUUGUUUUAUGGUACAGGUCUUGGAGUGUAUCUUAGUUCUGCUACUACCCAAAACUCAAGGGCAAGCAUAAUAGCUUCACUGAUGUACACAGUGGUCACUCCCAUGCUGAACCCCUUUAUCUAUAGUCUUAGAAACAAGGACAUAAAGCACACCUUACAGAAAUUAAUUGGGAAGUUUUAU